UUCUUCCGUCAUGUGACUUUGGCGUAAACAGGAAGCAGCUGAUCCUUCACUGUUUCUGCGAAGUAAUUAAUACAAGUGUAGUCCUGAGAUUUCAUCAUUUUUACAGUCUCCAUCUGCUUGGGUAGAUAAAGAGCUCUACACGGGUGGGGUACGUGGACUUUGGGAAUUUUAGCUGAGAGAGGAAUUGCAAACAUUGAAGUCUUCUGACCCGCAGCUCCUGUAAUUUGUUCCGUGUUUUCUGAGGGGGAUGUCAGGUUCAGCAAUGAAGAAAAAGGUGUUACUGAUGGGGAAGAGUGGGUCUGGGAAGACUAGUAUGAGAUCCAUCAUCUUUGCGAAUUACAUAGCUCGAGAUACAAGGCGCCUUGGGGCCACAAUUGAUGUUGAACACUCCCACGUACGAUUUCUUGGCAAUCUUGUUCUAAACCUUUGGGAUUGUGGAGGGCAGGACACAUUUAUGGAAAACUACUUCACCAGUCAGAGGGACAACAUUUUCCGAAAUGUAGAGGUUCUCAUUUAUGUAUUUGAUGUUGAGAGUCGUGAGUUGGAGAAAGACAUGCAUUACUAUCAAUCAUGUCUUGAGGCCAUUCUGCAAAACUCCCCUGAUGCCAAAGUAUUCUGCCUUGUACAUAAAAUGGACCUGGUACAAGAGGACCAACGGGAUCUGAUUUUCAAAGAGCGUGAAGAAGACCUCAAGAGAUUGUCAAGACCAUUGGCAUGCACAUGCUUUAGGACAUCAAUCUGGGAUGAAACGCUCUAUAAGGCAUGGUCAAGCAUAGUGUACCAGCUCAUCCCCAAUGUGCAACAACUGGAGACAAACCUGAGAAACUUUGCUCAGAUCAUUGAAGCAGAUGAAGUACUUCUGUUUGAGAGAGCAACUUUCCUGGUGAUCUCUCACUAUCAGUGCAAAGAGCAGCGUGACGCACAUCGGUUUGAGAAGAUUAGCAACAUUAUCAAACAGUUUAAACUCAGUUGCAGUAAACUUGCAGCUUCGUUCCAAAGUAUGGAAGUUAGGAACUCCAACUUUGCAGCCUUUAUUGAUGUUUUUACCUCUAACACUUAUGUUAUGGUCAUCAUGUCAGAUCCGUCCAUCCCCUCUGCAGCAACGCUCAUCAAUAUCCGAAACGCUAGGAAACACUUUGAGAAGCUGGAACGGGUGGAUGGCCCCAAACACAGCCUGCAUAUGCGGAUGCGUUAGCCUUAAGUUCACAUGGACGCUCUCAGCCAAUCACUCAGGCCACAAACAGCACAUUGUAAUUUAGUUCUGAAAAACACAAGUAACUCUUCCUUUGUAUUUUCACAUUCAAUCAAAUGUUACUGGGGGAAAUCAUGAGAUCAAUGAGAGGCAGGUAAUGUUGGACUUUUAAAUAUAUGUUUGUACUCUUUUAAACAAGUAUAAACUAUAUGCAAAAUCUAUUAAAAUGUUCUUUUUCUUAAUUAAAUAA